AUGAGAGGAGGAUCUUCUAGUGUCGGACGAUCUUUUAGGCUUAGGGAUGAAGAUAUUGAAAUUUUGGAACCACCUCCUGUGGCACCCAAAAAGAAGACUAUAACCCGUAGUGGUAAGGUGAAGCAGACUGCCCAAAGGAAACUGGAUAUCCAAACUGCUGAAUCAUCUGAUGAACAGUUGGAUGGGCAGAACUCUAAAGAGAACAUUGUUGGUCGAAAUGAGGAACCAGAACAGGCUGACCUGGGAGAUAAAACUGUCACAAGAUCCUCUGCCAAAAGAAAGAGGUCCGCUAAGAGGAAGAGCACUCCUCAAUCCAAGAAAAAACAGUCUGCUGAUCCCACUGAUGAUCAGCAGAAUGAAGAGAACACUACUGGGAGUAAGAAAACUCCUGAACCUUCCACCAGGAAGUCUCCAAGGACUAGAUCUGAGGCUCAAAAUGUGGAAGCAUCUGCCACACAAACUCCAAGCAAGAAACGCUCUGGAAAGGAUCCUGUGUCUCAACCAGUUGAAGAACCCACUCCUCUUCCGAAAUUCAUUGAUGAUGAAGCCAGAGACAGAUUUGAGUUGGUCUCUCAAAAAGGUUUUAUCACCCAAAGACUUAUCAUUCCCUAUGAAUUCCGUAAACUUGAUCUUGAAUCUGUUGUCAAACUGAAUCUUCUUGUGCCCCCUAUACCUGAAACAAAUGAAGCUGCUCAUCAGAAAGAACCAAGAACUGAGACCACAAGGCCAACCACUGGUGAUGAGACUACUCCAGCUUCUAGUUCUCAGCCCAAGGAUAAAGGCAAGACUCCAGUGACUGAGGAAGCAUCUGAAGAUAGUGAUGAAGAAACUGAGGAAGAAGAGGAUCCUGCACAGUAUCGUCUGGCCAGGAGAAGGCCUAGAUCAUCUAAAAUCACCAUCUAG